AUGCUCCUGGGAAGGGCCUGUCCCGGUUGGCUGCCCUAUCGCCAUGGCACCCCUACUUGGCUGAAGCUGACAUCUGACGACGUGAAGGAGCAGAUUUACAAAGUGGCCAAGAAGGGCCUGACUCCUUCACAAAUUGGUGUGAUCCUGAGAGAUUCACAUAGUGUUGCACAAGUAUGUUUUGUGACAGGCAAUAAAAUCUUAAGAAAUCUUAAGUCUAAGGGACUUGCUCCUGAUCUCCCUGAGGAUCUCUACCAUUUAAUUAAGAAAGCAGUUGCUGUUCAAAAGCAUCUUGAGAGGAACAGAAAGGAUAAGAAUGCUAAAUUCCAUCUGAUUCUGAUAGAGAGCUGGAUUCACCAUUUGGCUUGAUAUUACAAGACCAAGCGAGUCCUCCCUCCCAAUUGGAAAUAUGAA